GAGACCAUCCAUGCUGCUGCACUAGUUCAAAACUGUAAGAACUUGGAAGAUAUCGCAGUCCUGGAUUUCUUUCUUUCUUCUCGAGAACACAUGUUGUCUGCCCUUUCCGCCUCCCUGUGAUUAACCCGAUUAUUUUGUGACCGACGCCGGACCAACUCCAUUAGGAACAUUUCACCUGAUUCUUAGCAUAUUUCGAAUUAUCAUGGCGGGGUGCUGUCUGUCUGCUGAAGAAAGGGAAUGUCAAAGGAUAAAUCAAGAAAUUGACAGACAGCUUCGCCGGGACAAGAAGGAUUCGCGCAGGGAGCUGAAGCUGCUUCUACUAGGAACUGGUGAGAGUGGCAAAAGCACUUUCAUUAAACAGAUGAGGAUCAUCCAUGGAUCAGGCUACACAGAUGAUGACAGGAGAGGCUUCACAAAACUUGUCUACCAGAACAUCUUCACUGCCAUGCAAUCCAUGAUCCGAGCCAUGGUGCCUCUAGGAAUUUCAUUCAAGACUCCAGAAAACAUAAAAAAUGCACAAAGAAUUAGCAGCAUAGAAGUGGACCAAGUUACGACAUUAGGCAGCAGUGAUGCAGAAGCCAUCAAAGUGCUAUGGAAUGACCCGGGGAUUCAAGAAUGCUACGACAGACGAAGGGAAUACCAGCUGUCAGACUCUGCUAAAUAUUACCUUGUAGACAUCGACCGGAUUGCUUCUCCAUCAUAUGUGCCUAACCAGCAGGAUGUGCUUCGAGUCCGUGUGCCCACAACAGGAAUCAUAGAAUACCCGUUCAAUUUAGAAAAUGUCAUCUUCAGAAUGGUAGACGUGGGUGGACAGCGCUCGGAACGGAGGAAGUGGAUACACUGUUUUGAAAAUGUUACUUCCAUCAUCUUCCUUGUUGCGCUAAGUGAAUACGACCAGAUCCUGGCCGAGUGUGACAAUGAGAAUCGAAUGGAGGAGAGCAAAGCACUUUUCAAAACAAUCAUCACGUACCCCUGGUUCCAGAUGUCAUCAGUUAUUUUGUUCCUUAACAAGACGGACAUUUUGGAAGAGAAAAUCAAGUAUUCCCAUUUAGCGGACUACUUCCCCGACUUCAUGGGACCAAAGGAGGACUCCAAAGCUGCCAAAGAGUUUAUUUUAAGAAUGUACCAGGAUCAGAACCCAGACAAGGAGAAGGUCAUCUACUCGCACUUCACAUGUGCCACAGACACAGAGAAUAUCCGUUUUGUCUUUGCGGCUGUCAAGGACACGAUUCUGCAGCUGAACCUCAAGGAGUUCAACCUCGUAUAGGAGGCCCCCGCACAGGCCUUGGGACGGUUCACUCAGAGGCCCCUGCACAGCGGCUGGAGCAGAGGGGCAAAGCAAAUGGUAGCUGAGCGACUCUGUAGAGCCUCUCCUGUAUCUGCCUGCGGUGCUCCGAAGAGUCUUGACUUUUCCCUUUUUUUAGCACAAGAAAGGGGUGAGGAUUUUCUGCGAAGCAGCUUAUCAGGGUCUUUGUGUGGGGCUUAUUAAGUUUACUGAUCUUUUAGUUCACUCAGUUUAUGACUCCAAAUUUAGUUUAGCUAACCUUUUUAAAAGAUUGUUUUAUGGUAUACUAAGCCAAAUGUUCUUUUUUUUAAACUAAUGAUAAUUUGGAAUGCAAUCUGAAGACUUUUUGGGGGUCCUAUCGUCAAGGAUUCCAAUGUUUUACUAUUUAAAAAUGAUUUAUGGGUAAACACUUUUGGUAGUAUAUAUAUAUAUAGAUAU